CACAAUUCAUAACAGAACAAAGAGAGAAACAAACAAGACUGAAAAUUUUCCAACAACUGUGACCAAAAAUAAUAAAUAAAUAAUUAAGAAAGGCUGAAAAAACUCGACACCCCAUUCAUUAUACACAUACAAAAGAGAAGCAGCGGUCUGAGUUACGAGACCAAGGAAACAAAAAAGGCAAUGGCAACUCCGCAUAUAAUAGCAGUCCCUUACCCAGCACAGGGCCACGUGAUUCCCAUGCUGGAAAUCACGCAAUGGCUUGUAAAGCAAGGCAUCAAAGUCACCUUCGUGAACACAAACUUCAACCACCAACGUGUCAUCGACUCACUUUCUGAUUCAGACAACAUAAGACAGCUACUGAACAUGGUCUCCAUGUCAGAUGGAGUGGAGCCAUGGGAGGACAGAAACGACCUCGGAAAACUAACACAGGCAAUUUCCAAGACCAUGCCCGGUCAACUCGAGGCCCUUAUCGAUGAAAUAAACGGUAAAGGAGGAGAAAAAAUCACCUGUGUUGUAGCUGAUUGGAGCAUGAAAUGGGCUCUUGAGGUAGCAGAAAAAUUGGGGCUCAAGAGAGCAGCGUUCAGCGCACUAUCUGCUGCUAUUUUGGCUUUAUCGGUCAAUAUACCGAAGCUAGUCAGUGAUGGGAUUAUCGACAGUAAUGGGAGACCCUUGACGAACCAGAGCAUUCGGCUGUCACCAAACAUGCCACUCAUGAACCCAAUGACCUUCAUGUGGGUCACCGCUGGUGAAGAGGCAACACAGAAGACUGUUUUCGACAUUCUGCAAAAAAACAGCUCUUUGGUCAAAUUGUCAGAGAGGAUAAUUUGCAACUCGUCCUACUACUUGGAGCCGGGGGUAUUUUCACUAUUGCCAGAUAUUCUACCUGUGGGUCCCAUUCUGGCAAGCAACCGUUUGGGGAAGGCGGCGGGGAACUUCUGGCCGGAGGACUCUGAUUGCUUGGCUUGGCUCGAUCAACAGCCGGUCGAUUCUGUCAUAUAUGUAGCCUUUGGUAGCUUCACCUUCUUUGAUCAUACACAGUUUGAGGAACUGGCUUUAGGGCUCGAACUGACAAACAGGCCGUUUUUGUGGGUUGUGAGGCAUGAUGUGAAAGAUGGUAAUACGGGUAGUAAACAUUAUCCGGAAGGUUUUGCAGAUAGAGUGAAGAAUCGGGGGCGAAUGGUGGGGUGGGCCCCUCAACAAGAGGUGUUAUCUCAUGCCUCUGUUGCAUGCUUUAUAAGCCACUGCGGUUGGAAUUCUACAGUGGAGGGAAUUGGCAAUGGAGUGCCUUUACUGUGCUGGCCUUUCUAUGCAGACCAGUUCCUUAACCAGACGUACAUUUGUGAUGAGUGGGAGGUUGGACUAGGAUUGAGUAAAGAUGGAAGUGGGAUUAUCAGACAUGGGGAAAUAAGGGAUAAGGUGGAACUUAUUCUGAGUGAUAAAAAUUAUAAGGAGAGAGCUACGAGUCUUCAGGCGAAAACCGUGGAUAGUGUCAGAGGAGGGAUCUCUGGUAAGAAUUUUGAUAAUUUUAUAGAGUGGAUCAAGGAUGUCUGAAAUGAUACCUUGUGAAAGCAGACUUAUUCAUGUCCUUGUUAUCUGAUAAAAGUGUACGGAUCGUUUCUGUGGAUUUUGAUUUAGCCUGCACAAGUGAAAAUAGUCUUCUUUUUCAUGUUUAAGAAUCUGUAAAUAGCAUAUAAAUGCAUCAGAUAGGACAAAAACACGAAUAAAAGCUUCAACAUCUGAAAAACUAUCUGAAAUUAAGGUCGCUUACACAGUUCAAUUAACAUGACAUGAAAUUGUAGAAUCAAGAACAAGAAUAUAUCAUGCAUAGUUCUUGAAAGAGGAUGGAGAUUCCAUUAAAAAUGGAUGCUGAUUCGAUGGAAUUCAAAUCGUAAUAAUAAAAACGAACAACGAAAUCUAAAAAAAAAAAAAAAGAAAAAAAGAACAACGAAGCGGACAAACCAAAGAAGAAGUGCAAGUGUCGAGGAUGAAGGUAAUCGUGAAAGAUUACAUACAAUGAAGUGACAAUCGUCAAUUCAAACCAAAAUGCAAACAGAGUAGAG